ACCAAAUCAAAUCCUAUUUAAACCCAAAACUGUUCGAUUCUAAUAACCGAAUCCACUAAACCAUGAAAGCCCUAAUCCCUCUGAUCUUCUCCCUGCUCCUUCUCGCAGCCACAUUCCACCAUCUCCCUCAGUCAUCAGCCGCCGUCCCCGGCGACAGCGAUUUCAUCAGGUCAGCUUGCAACACCACCCUCUACGCUGACCUCUGCCACUCCUCCAUCUCUCCCUACGCCAAUGCCAUCAAGCAAAACCCCAGUGCGCUGGCUCGCGUUGGCGUCGCUGUAGCUCACGCCGUGGUCCGUGGUGUAGCCACCGAUGUCUCUGCUCUCUCCCGUGAAGCCAAAGGCAGAGCCGCCGGUGCUAUCAACGAUUGCAUUUCCAUCCUUGGGGACGCCGUAGAUCAAAUGAGUGAGUCACUCGGUCAGCUUCGACAGAUAGCCGCCGGGAAAGGCGGUGAUUUCAAGUUCGCCAUAGACACGGUGCUGACGGAGAUGAGCGCGGCACUGACGAAUGAGGACACGUGUACAGACGAGUUCCAGGAUGAACCGGAAGGUCCGGUGAAGAACAAGGUGGUGGAUGGCGUGGCGAAGGCGAACAAGUUCACAAGCAUUGCCUUAGCCUUUGUGAAUUAUUACGCUAAGAAAGGUUCGCCUUAAGAUGUUGGAUCGUCAAUUCCAACGGCAAAUUAUUGCUUUAAGAUUUAUAUUCUCUGAUUGAAUAAAAACUAGAUUAGAAACUCAAAUGUGAAUGUGAA